AUGGCUGAAUUACUGGAACUCCAAAAUAAGUUGGUAUCGAUGAAGUGCUGCCUGUGCAACAAUUUUCUAUCAGUGCUGCCCAUAAUGGUGCUCUCUGAAAAUGGAAAGCAAUCGAAAUGUGGAAGGUGUAAAAACAACAAUGAGAAACCAUCGAUUUGUAGAAAUUUCACUUUUGAGAAUGUUGCGAUGGACUUCUCAUUUCCUUGCAUAUACAAAGAUUGCAAUGAAAUGAUUCCAUGGAAAGAGGUGGAAAGUCAUGAAGACGCUUGUGAUAAAAAGACGAUUAAAUGUCCAAUUUAUUACCAAGAAUGCGAAGGCAUUGUUCAAGUGCGAAACUUGGAGGAGCACUGUAAACGUUAUCAUGAGAAGAAUAUUUAUUAUGAAACUUUCAAUUAUUUAAUAGAGGCCUCUAGAAUUAUGAUAAGUUUUGUUAUAUACAAUAAUUUCCAGUUCAUUACAACAAUUACAACAUUUAAAGGAAUGUCAGAGAUAAAUGUUGCUUCUUUGAAAAAAAUCAAUGAAGUUUUCACAUACGAUUUGAAACUAAUCAGCACACGAAAUGAUACUUUUGUCACGUAUAAGAAUCAGCCAAUCAGCGAAUAUGAUGAGAGAAAUCACUGUCUUAGAUGUAUAUGUUCUAAAUGUGAUUUGAGUGGCUAUCCCCAUGACAAAGUGAGAGACAAUGCUCCUGUUGAUAUUUUGUUCAAGAAAGUCGAUCUUGCUGCCGUGAAAUCUCUUUUUGGUGAUAUUUCCGAGAUUAGAUACAUAAUAAAAAUCGUUCCGAAUAAGGAAUAUAGGAAUAACAACAAAGAAACAUCUAGCGACACUGCAAUAGUAGAAAAUCCUAGGAAUGAAGUGAACAUCGUCGAUGAAUGUUUGGAAAAGCUUAAAAGGCAAUUACUUUGUCCCAUAUGUAUGGAGUACAUGGUUGAUAAAAUCUAUAACUGCGAAAAGGGACAUGUAUUGUGCAAAAAUUGCAAAAUUCAGCUGACUGAAUGUCCUUCUUGUAGAAUAAAACUUGGAGAAUCAAGAUGUUUCCCUCUGGAAAAUUUGGCAGAUGAAGUAGUGCUCGCUUGUCUAUAUUCCAAAAAUGGUUGUGAAUUCACUGAAAAACUAAAAUUGCUCUCUCAACACGAAAAAGAAUGUGUACAUAAACAGGAUUGA